UUGGGUGCCCCGUCCGCGUUCACUGUCGUACGACCGAGUGUCUCACUCACUCACUCACUCGCGGUCAGUGGCUCGUCACAGUAAUAGUGUACGUUAUUUGCGGGACCGCAGCCGACGUUUUGAAUUUCUGGUGGUGUCUCCGUGGACUCACUCACUCGUCUUGCGUUCCACAGUGGUCUUGCGAUCUUGUCCCAGUUUCAAUAUCGCGUAGGCCGUGCGUCAGAGAGGUCGUCGUGCGCUGUCGCGUGUCGUCGUUUUUCUGCCGGUGUUCGCCUAGCGAAAAUAAAACACAGUCGUAAGGUGUCAAACGAACGACACUUACCUACGUCAGAAUGCUGUCGAACGUCAAUCGUUUCUCAUCGGCCUCGCUAAAAGGAUUUCAAAGUUUGUGUUGCCGAAGCAUUGGAUCUCUUUCACUGCCGAAAAUUAAGGAUUUUAAUGUAGAAAAUGAACCACUUUUAGAAUACUUACCUGGGAGCAAAGAACGAAAAGAAAUUGAAGCUGAAUUAAAACGCUUGUCUAAUAAUGUGGAAGAUGUACCUAUUAUCAUUGGUAAUGAAAAAUUCAAGACUAAAGAUGUUAGAUAUCAAGUUAUGCCUCACAAUCACGGCAAGAAAAUCGCUAAAUUUUACUAUGCAUCAUCAGAUUUAGUGACAAAAGCAAUUAAAGUUGCUACUGAAGCUCAAACAAAAUGGGAUACUGUACCUUUGGAAGAAAAAAUAAGCAUUUGGCUUAAAGCUGCAGAUUUAAUGGCAACCAAAUAUAGAAUGAAAUUGAAUGCAGCUACUAUGCUUGGUCAGUCAAAAACAGUUAUCCAAGCUGAAAUUGAUGCAGCAGCUGAAUUAAUAGAUUUUAUCAAAUUAAAUGCAUUUUUUGCUAAAGAAUUGACAAAAUACCAACCAAUUAGUGAAAAUAAAAAAGUCACGUUAAAUAGUUUGCGUUAUAGAGGUCUUGAUGGUUUUGUUGCUGCUGUGUCUCCUUUUAAUUUUACAGCAAUUGGUGGGAAUUUAGCAUACACUCCUGCUUUAAUGGGAUGUUCUGUUUUAUGGAAACCAUCAGAUACAGCUUUGUUAUCAAACUGGGUGAUUUAUGAAAUAAUGACUGAAGCAGGAGUUCCAGCUGGCGUAGUUAAUUUUAUCCCAGCAGAUGGUCCUGUAUUUGGUGAUACUAUUACUGCAUCGCCACAUUUAUCGGGUAUCAACUUUACUGGAUCUGUUCCGACAUUUAAUCGACUAUGGACUCAAGUUGGAAAAAAUAUAAAUAGUUAUGUUAACUUUCCAAGAUUGAUUGGAGAGUGUGGAGGUAAGAAUUAUCAUUUUGUACAUCCGUCAGCAGAUGUGACAUCUGUCAUUAACGGCACUAUUCGAUCUUCAUUUGAAUAUUGUGGUCAGAAGUGUUCAGCCUGUUCCAGACUAUAUGUCCCUGAAUCAUUAUGGCCUAAAAUUAAAGAAGGACUACUAGAACUACGUAAUAAGUUGAAAAUUGGUGAUGUUAAUGAAUUUGAUUCUUUUGCUUCUGCAGUUAUUGAUGAUAAAGCUUUUAAUCGUAUCAUUGGAUAUAUUGAACAUGCAAAGAAAUCUCCUAAUUUGGAAAUAAUUGGUGGAGGACAGUAUGACAACAGUAAAGGAUACUUUAUACAGCCAACUAUAGUGGAAACGAAGGAUCCUUUAGAUAAAAUUAUGACAGAAGAAAUCUUUGGGCCUCUUUUGACUGUUUAUGUUUAUAAAGAUUCAGAAGUUGAUAAAACUGUUGAUCUCGUUAUUAGUUCUACACCUUAUGCAUUGACUGGAGCUGUAUUUGCUCAGGAUAAAAACUUUUUAAAAAAAUCUCUUGAAACAUUAAAAUACUCAGCUGGUAAUUUUUACCUUAAUGAUAAGUCUACAGGUUCUGUAGUGGGACAACAACCAUUUGGCGGAAGCAGAAUGUCAGGUACAAACGACAAAGCUGGUGGUCCCCAUUAUGUUCUACGAUGGACCUCACCUCAAUCUGUUAAAGAAACAUUUGUACCAUUGACUGAAUGGAAAUAUCCUUACAUGGGUUAAUAACAUUGGUUAAAACAAGAUCUAGUGUUUUGCUAUAGGUUUAUUAGAACAAUUGCAAAACUGUGAUAUUGAUUGAAUCCAAUAAUACUAAAAUACCUAAAUGAUUAAAUAAAAUAGAAAAAAGAAGCAAUUCCUUUAUAUUUUAUAGAGUAAA